GUGUACAUGCCAGCAUAUGAAUUGGUGUUGAGCACAGUGCUGAAGCAGAGUUUCGAGGCAGAGGCUCAUGGGAUCAGUGGAUGUAAUUUGACUUUUACAUGUGCAGAGGCAAGCUGGAAGAAACGCACAGACACUUCUAACAGCCUUUUUACUUUCCUGUGUCUGAACUUAGUCAUAUCCACACAGUGUCACUCUAACAGCAGGUGUCGACAUGCUGGAGCAGAUCCUGUCAUUCGGCCGCUCCCUGGUGCGCAGGAAGGUGGUCGACCUGAGCAACCUGGAAGACUCAAAGCUGUGCCGCUGCCUGGGAACCGUCGACCUCAUCGCCCUGGGGGUGGGCAGCACUCUGGGUGCCGGUGUCUACGUCCUGGCCGGUGAGGUGGCCAAAGGCGACUCUGGCCCCAGCAUCGUCAUCUCCUUCUUAAUUGCUGCCCUAGCCUCAGUCAUGGCAGGCCUGUGUUACGCUGAGUUUGGCGCACGGGUCCCCAAGACCGGCUCUGCUUACCUUUAUAGCUAUGUGACUGUAGGCGAGAUCUGGGCCUUCAUCACUGGUUGGAACCUCAUUCUCUCCUAUGUGAUUGGUACCUCCUCAGUUGCCAGGGCCUGGAGUGGCACCUUUGAUGAAAUGAUAGGAGGACACAUAGAGAUAUUCUGUAAGACCUACUUCAGCAUGAACUCUCCUGGUUUGGCUCAGUACCCCGACUUCUUUGCCGUCUGCCUGAUACUGCUGCUUUCUGGACUCCUGUCGUUUGGGGUGAAGGAGUCCGCCUGGGUCAAUAAAGUCUUCACUUCAAUCAACGUGCUCGUACUCUUGUUCGUCAUCAUCUCGGGCUUCGUCAAAGGCGACACACACAACUGGAAGAUAACUGAAGAAUCCCUUAUAAAUGUCACCAUAGUUACAAGGAACCUGUCAGUGACGGCCAAUGUGACCAGUGAUUAUGGAGUUGGAGGAUUUAUGCCAUACGGCUUCAGCGGGACCUUAGCAGGAGCUGCCACCUGCUUUUAUGCCUUUGUUGGAUUUGACUGCAUAGCAACUACAGGCGAGGAGGUGAAAAACCCUCAGAGAGCCAUUCCCAUCGGCAUCGUGGUAUCACUCACUGUGUGUUUCCUGGCGUACUUUGGUGUGUCAGCUGCGCUCACACUGAUGAUGCCCUACUACCUGCUGGAUGAGAAGAGCCCUCUGCCCAUGGCCUUUGAGUAUGUGGGCUGGGGUCCUGCUAAGUAUGUGGUCGCUGCAGGUUCACUGUGUGCCCUCUCUACCAGUCUGCUGGGCUCCAUUUUCCCCAUGCCUCGUGUAAUCUAUGCUAUGGCAGAGGAUGGGGUGCUUUUCAAAGUCUUAGCCCGAAUCAAUCCUAAGACGAAGACCCCACUUAUUGCCACUAUGACCUCCGGUGUAGUAGCAGCCAUCAUGGCUUUCCUGUUUGACCUCAAAGCGCUGGUGGACAUGAUGUCUAUCGGUACUCUGCUGGCCUACUCGCUGGUCGCUGUGUGCGUACUGAUUCUCAGGUACCAACCAGAUGGAUCUAUGGAGCGGCGGGUCGGCACAGCUGAGAGGGAAUACCUGUCCUCUGAGGGGGGCGAGUCUGACCUGACGGAGUCGGAGUCUCACCUUAACAUGCUGAAGGGAGGCAGCUCCACACUGCAGGCCGUCCUGCACCCUCCUGUCUCACCCUCUGAGCAUUCCUCCAGUGUGGUCAACAUGGCCAUCUGUGUGCUCGUGCUGGCAGUGUGUGUGCUCAGCUAUCUCACCACGUACCAUAUUGGUUCCAUCCUUCGUCUGGAAGUGUGGGUCCUGGCAUCGCUGUGCCUGUGCCUCAUCAUCUUCAGUGGCUGCAUGUUCAUGGUCUGCAGGCAGCCUCAGACCACCAAGAAGGUCUCCUUCAUGGUUCCUCUUCUGCCCUUUCUGCCCAUUCUGAGCAUAUUUGUCAAUAUUUACCUCAUGGUUCAGCUGAGUGGAGAUACGUGGAUCCGUUUCUCGGUGUGGAUGGCUGUGGGCUUCCUGAUCUACUUUGGCUACGGCAUGUGGCACAGCGUGGAGCGCCAGCGCCUACGCCAGGGCCCUUCAAACAGCAGUGGCGCCCAGGAGGUCAACAAAACCAGCAGCGAGAAGCAGGUUGGUAUGGGUGCUGCAGGGAAAGACCAGGAGCGUUUCAUCUGCCCAGAGAAGACCAGCCAGUGUUAAAGUUUACCAGCUCAUUCACAGACUCCGUGAGGCACACAGAUGCAUAAAAGCACACAGCCGCUCUGCCUCGAUGCACCUGUUCAUACAGCUUCACCACGUGUGCCUUAGUCACAAGCACAUUCAGUCUGUGAAGACGGUGUCAGUAUUCUGUAUCAGCAGCCACAUGACGGGGGGGAGCCGCUCUUACCACUGUGAUGGAACCACAUCCUGUAGGUCACUUUGUGGACAGCAUGGAGGCAGGGUUGAAAAGGACAGGUAACACACUGGAGAGUGAUGUUCAUUUCCUUUAACACUGAAGCAGUCAAUGCCGAGACUGCAGCAAAGCUUUUCUGUUUCAUUGUGAGUUUUUAGUGCAUGACACACCCCUUUUUUUAGGUUAUUACUGGUGGGUUUUUGAAAGUGUUGGAAAAUCUGUGUUAUCCAUUUAAUGAAAGGAUAUAAUUAGAUUCUGAUACACCAAUUAUUUACUAGUAUUAAUGUUAGUUUGUGGUAAAAGCACUCAUUGUUCUUUGACACAAGUGUACAACGCUGAGGAAAGGAAAGGAUUAGCUUAAAGAUGUGUUGUCAAGUUGAAAUAUAUUUUUGAACUAUUUUGUGCGUAGUUGUUUUCCAUGUGAAAUUGUGAUAUCUGUAUAAAAAGAUCCUAAAGACGCUGCCACAUUUAGACUUAAGUACAACCUGUACAAUAGUUUUCUGGGCACUUAACAUGUCAUGACUCGAGUCAGAUUACUGAAUAUGUCAGAGACCUGAAUGUAGGGCGGCUUGUGGAAAGUUUCAGGCUUCUGUUGGUAUUAUGUAACAGAUCCUAUCAAUCUUUGCUGUAUAGAUAUUGAGGUUUCUCUAGCUGUUGUGGUGGUUUUACUCAGCACAGGUUCACUUUUUUUAAAAUUUUUUGCUUGGGUGUCUUUUAUCUAUGAACUGUUACAAUCUGAAGAUUAUUUGAUACAGAGCUCUCCUCAAGCUAAAGUAUUUGUAGUUUCUUUUUUCACGCUAUCAGGUUACGGCAUGUCGUAUUUUCCUGUUUCUCUGAUAUUUUAUGCUAUUUUGAUACAGUUGCAGACAUUCUGUUAAUAUAACCGUCAUGAAAUGAUUCUCUCUUUGACAGACUACUUUGCCACCUAACAGCAGGGGCAACUAUUAAUUACAAGUUACAGUAUUUUAUCUAUCUUGCGAAAUAAUUUAGAUGAACUAGGCAUUUUUCCAGGUUUGUUCUCUGGCGUUCAAUGUCUUACUUCAGAGACUGGAGCCAGUGUUGCUUUAUAACCGGUUUGAAGACUGCAUGAAUACUGAGUGCUUACAUUCUUCUUCAAUCCUUUAGGGGCCAUCCUGUUUUUUGUACUAUGAAUUGUAAGGCUCAGUGAGCUCUAGUUUACAGUAGAAACUUGUUUUCCGUCAGAUCUUUCACCUGUACUGCCAAUUUGUUACACCAUCUGAAGAGGAGAAAUCCUACACUUUUUCAAGAGGUCAGAUACUGAGGCUGUAGGAUGCUGGUAAUGGACUGAUGUGUUCAGUGGUUUAAGUGGAUGUGGAACAAAUUCAGAAGCUACUCUCAAGCAGGAGUAAGGUAGAUAAUUUCUACUAUACUGAACCUCUACAUUGACAUUGUAGAGUCUUCCAGUGAGGUUACAGGAUAAAGUACAUAGAAAUAAUCAUGAUGUUGUGAUGUAGUGCCACUUGUUAACAACUGCACAGACAAAAACAAUAAAUGUAUU